AUGGACCCCAUCAUCAUCAAAAUUCCAGGAUCAUAUCCUCAUGACCACCGCUCAAGCCCCCCGAUCGUGAAUAAACUCAUCAGUAGUAGCGGCGCACAACAAUUCACAGAAUUCACUCCGCAGGUCACAGCCCUGCUAUCAAAAUAUGAUGCUCGCGUGCCGCGCGAAACUGCGCGUAGCAUUUUCAAUCGGCAGUCAUAUACAGCCGUUAUGAUUUUUGAGUGUUUGAAGGGGAUUUUUGGGUUUUUGAGUAGUUUUGGUUCUGUUGUGUGCGCUUUAUGUUCUGGGUUUUGGGACAGCACAUCUCAGUCCUUGGAAAACAGUCUGGACUCCGAAACAACCACCAAAAUGCUCAAACCUAUACUCCUGUUGCUUGCAGCUUACGAAGCAGCCCAGAUGUACUCAAUCACUACAGAUGGAGAAGUCCUGAAUGGGGAGAUCACGGUUCAUGCUUGGGGACAUGAUUAUGAGUUCGCUCGGACGUUGAGGCGAUAUGAUGAUUCGCUGGUGCGUGAUGAGUGUUCAGAAGAUCAAUUCUCCAUGAUACUCACCUACAUUAUGGCCAUGGCUGUUCUAACCGAAUGCAUCUGCAAUAUUCUACAAGUUGGAAGUUGCUACGGAUUGGCGGUUAUGAUGGCGUGUAUUCUUGCUGUUUUGUUUGCGGCAGCGGAAGAUUAUGUUGGUUGUUCGGCUACAUCUACAUCUACAUCUACCUCUGCUUCUGUGAAAGAGUAUCGUCAGGUGACGCUUCGGAACUUGAUGAUCGGUGCAUUGAAGAAGAGUGGUAUUCGUUAUGCUAAAGUUCGGAGUAGUAUAUCGGCAUCGGACACUAUCAAGGCUAGUGACACCGAAGUGCUUGAAAAGUACCUUAUCAAGGGGUUGAAGGCACCCACCACCGGGACUGUUCACGACGUAUACGUGACACAUUAUAAACAUGGGAUGGUCGUCGAGCGAUUUACCCCCGAAGAAGAUACGGUAUCCCCAUCCAGCCCUGCGGACUCUCCCGACAAUAAUCACGACGGAUACAAAGUCUCCUACGGCCUUCGGUACUUGGCGGAGGUGAACCCGCAAGACCAACAAGCCAUAGCAAAGGGCAUUGGUAGAUCAUGGACCUGCAUGGACCAAACCAGUACCAUGAUCUUGACCGAGUGUGACAUCUCUGACGAGCACGCGGACUUUUACUUCGACUUCGACGCACGCAGUGACGACGACGAAGACAGCGAAGAGGAGGGGGACAUUGAGAUCGCCGGCUCGUUGAAUGGUUUCCUAUAACUAAAACCUUGUGUCCUGUCAGCCUGUGUUGGUAUCCCUGUUCAUUCAUGUUCUCAAUGCAAAAAGCAUAUCCCACACUUACUUACCGCUUCCCUAUCCCCUUCUCAAGCCCAUCCCACUCCAGCACAAAAAGGCAAUAAAUAAACAUCAAAUGGGUAUCACAACACCAUCACAUGGGAUCCAUCAAA